AUUUGCCAUCUAACAGAAUAAACGUAGAAAAGAGCAUGCCAAAAUUAAGUGAAAUUUUCUAAAGAAAAAUAUCAAAAAUAAUAAGAAAUUAUUAAAAAGCAAUAAUAGAACUUGUUAAAAUAAAAAGUGUUAUAAAAAUAUAAGCAGAAAAAGUUUCAAAUAAUAAAAAAUAGUUAAAAUAAUAACAAAAGAACUUGCCAGAGAAACGAAUAAAAGAUAUUGAAAAAAUUUAUUAAGAAAAGUAAAAAGGUAAGUUUUUAUUGCAAAAAGAAAGUAAAAAGGGUGUCAAUUUAUUGCAACUUGAGAGGUUAGAAAAGAAAGAAAAGAAAAACGUAAAAAUCGAUAUCUUAGAGGGUUAGUCCUUUGUUUCCUACUACGCUUCAUUGUAAUGACUGAAACUUUGGUGGCACCUCUGAUACCGCAACUACAAGAAAUGCAGCAACAACCCAACAACGUUAACACCAAUAAUGGUAACCAGCAAGAGCAAGCCAAUCAAUGGGCCAGCUAUAAUGCCUGGUACCAAAAUGGUGGUCAAUAUCAUCAACAAUAUUCACCCUACUAUCAAUAUUAUAUGCGCUACGGCAUGAAUAAGAAUCAGCAGCAGCAGCAACAAACGGGCGUUACUUCAACAAUUUCCAAUAGUAAUGCUCCACCUGGUUUUAGUAAUGCUGUAAUACCUCAAGGUGAUAAGCAUUUGCCUCCAUUGCCUUCGGGACCACCUCCUCCACCACCCAGUGGUAAUGGUAAUAAUCAGCAAAAGAAUUUCGGUGGCAUUAAGUUUAAUCUUAAUCAACAGUCACGUUUGGCAAAUGCUCCCAAUCCUCUGCAGCAUCAGCAGGGUAUGGGUGGAAAUUUCAAUGGUAACUUCCAAAAUAAUAUGAAAAACAACAAUCAAAAUAACCAAGCCAAUAACAAUAACAAAAAGAAACGUAAACGUAAUAAAAAUAAACAAAAUCAAAUACAACAACAGCAACAGGCAUUAUUCGAUGCUCAUUUUGAAGAAAAUCAACAGUUACAAAUGCAAAAUGGUGUAACCGCUAGUGCUGGUGGCGGUGAUUUUAUAAAUACUUCCAUACCGCCACCACCACCGCCUCCAAUUAUAGCCAAUGUAGAUUUAAGUAAACCACCGCCACCCAUUGGCAAACCUUUGAAUAACAGCAAUGAUAUGAAUAUGAGUUCAUCUGAAGCCAUGUUAACACAACCACAAUUGUCUGCUGCCAAUACAGCCAAUAACAAUUCCUCCCCCUCUACGACAUUUAAGAAACCUAAUGCUUUUCACAAUCCCAAUGAUGCCUGGCCAGAAUCCUUAAAUAAUUAUGUGGCUCGUUGUUAUGCCAAAUGUACCACAGACUUGGAUAAGGAUCAAAUCGAUAUUUGUUUAAAGGGAAAAAUUAUCGGUGCAGCCAAUCGUAAUGAGCUGUGGACUCGUGAUUGGGAUAAUGAACCCAUACCCAGCGUUUUUAGCGAACGUAAUAAUAUUAAUGUUAAAUUACAUAAUACCAACAAUAAUUCACCUUCGACACCACAAAAUCAACGUAAUCCGUUUCAACAUAAUCAUAAAAAUCUUCAGUCUAGUAUACCAAUGGAUCAUUUGAAAAAUAAAUCAGCUGCUGGCGGUUUAUCGCGUAAUUUAAAUGCACGUCUCGGUCAGCGUAAUUCAUUUGGUAGCGGUAAUAAAUCCAAGGAUUCUCGUAGUCGGUCGCGUUCACCCUCUUCGUCUAAAUAUCGUAAUAAACGUACAUCGCGCUCGCGUUCUCGUUCACGUUCAUCGUCUUCGUCUCCCACGCGUCCACGCAAAAUGCGUCGUUCCUCAUCUUCUUCGUCGUCUUCCUCUGGUUUUAUACCACUUUCCUCUUCCUCCUCCUCCAACAACAACAACUCAUCUUUUCUCAGUAAAAAACAACAAAAACUUCAAAAUAAAAAGAAUAAAAAACAUGAUUCUAUCACUGCAAACGGUAGUAGUAGUAGUGGUAAAUCAAAAGCUCCCUUUUAUUCUUCUUCGAUUGGUGGCGCUGUAGAUGAUGAUUCUGCACGUCUCCAACAAAGAGCGGCACGUUUUUCACAAAGCGGUAAUAAGAAAACCGUAGUUUCCGUAGCCAGCUCUCCCUUUACACAAACCAAUAAGACUAGUAAUAGUAAAAAUGCUAAAAAAUUCAAUAAUUCACGUUUGUAUAUGGACGAUACGGAAAAUGGUGAAAAUAUAGAUCUUUUCGAUUUACACAUCGUUGGUACAUGUCGUGAUUUGGAAAAGUCCUUUUUGCGUUUAACCAAAGCGCCAGCACCCUGUGAAGUGAGACCCGUUGAAGUUUUGGUACAUUCAUUGGAAAAUGUCAAACAAAAAUGGCGUAGUAAUCAGGAUUAUUUCUAUGCUUGUGAUCAAUUAAAAUCUAUAAGACAAGAUUUAACGGUUCAAGGUAUACGUGAUACAUUUACGGUAGAAGUAUAUGAAACACAUGCCCGCAUUGCCAUGGAAAAGGGUGAUCAUGAAGAAUUUAAUCAGUGUCAAACUCAACUAAAAAUGUUGUACAGUGAAGUUGGUACUAGUGCUAAUACUUUAGAAUUUACCGCCUAUCGUAUAUUAUAUUAUAUAUUUACAAAAAAUACCUUGGAUACCACCACUGUUCUACGUUCUAUUACACAAGCUCAACGAGAAAAUCCUGCCAUUGCCCAUGCUAUGGAAUUCCGUUCCGCCUGGGCUAUGGGCAAUUACUGCAAACUAUUUCGUUUAUAUAAAACUGCACCAUUAAUGGCUGGUCAUCUUAUUGAUUGGUUUAUCGAAAGAGAACGCAAAGCUGCCUUAAAAACUAUUAUUAAAUCUUAUCGUCCCAACAUUAGCAUUGAUUAUAUAACCGAAUUGUUGGCAUUUGAAUCGCGUGAUAAAUGUAAAGAAUGGUUGACUGCUUUUAGUUUACCAUUUGUAGGUGCUGAUGAAACACAAAUUGAUUGUAAAGUUGCUUCAACCAUAGCAAUAUGAAGCAAUUAAUAAUAAGUUAAAAAUUAAAACAAACAAACAACGUCGUCAAAAAAACAACGUUAAGGAAAUAAUUAUUAAAAGAGUAAACUGUUUAAUUGUGAUUACAACAACCAACGUUAUGUUUAAUAGAGGCCUUCAACAUCACACCCAUCCAUAAGAAACCUCCUUUUUAAUGUAACACAAAACAGUUAAAACUCUUUUUUUUCUUUUAAGCUGAAAAAUCAAACCAGAUUAUGUACAAAUUUAAAACAACAAAACAGCGUUCUCUAUUCGUCAAAACCAAUUAAGAAAAACCAGAACAGAAAACUUCAAAAAAAAAACCCAAAAUUUUAACUACAAAUGAAGGAAAAUUAAAAAUGUUUUCAACAUUUUUUUUUUUUUGGAAAAAAUACUCACAAAAAAUAUCAAUUUAUUCCCUUUUAAGCAAAAUAAUUUCUCUACAUUUUGGACUUGUUAUUUUUCCUAUCACACACAACGGCCCCUUUCUAAAAGAAAUUAUUGAAAAGUGUUUUUUUUCUUCAAAUAUUAAAGACUUUUUUUGUGCUAUAAAUUAUUUAUUUAAAUGUUUAUUUUUUUCCCCCAAAAAAAAAAAAUCUUUAAUUGAACAUUAUUUCUACGUUUAAAAAAAUCAAAAGUUAAUGGUGUUAUUUACUAAAAUUUAAACAAAAACUACGUUAAUUCAACAUUUUCAAUAUAAAAGAAAAUCUUUCGUUUGUUCGUCCUUUUGUUCGGAAAUUAAUUAUGUAAAAAUUCGUUAUAAGAAAUAUUUACUAUACUUAGUAUUUAUUUCAAACUUAAA